CUUUGCUUUUAUAUCAUAACGGCUCUAUGACCAAAUGUUGGACUUUAGGGACCCAUGAACACAUGGGCUGCCUCUUGUCAUUAUUGAAAUGAACCCAUUUUCCAAAGGCUGUCAUGCUGAUACAUUUUCUGUGUCCCCAGUCAAAAGAUUCCCACUUGGAAUUUGAAUUCCUACGCUCUGUUCCAGUACGGCUCCACCCUACCUGUUUCUUUUUUCCAAAAUAAUCUCCACCGUCCAGUGGUUGGACUAAGUCGCGUGGCAUUGAUGGAGACGCCUGUCAUCAUCAGUCUCGGGGUCUCUUGUUGUUCUAGUGUGUCCUCUAUUCUUCAUAACCGUUGUAUAUAUAAAUAUACCCCACGCGCCCAAUUUCUAACCGUUUAAACCCCAUUUUCCCACUACAGCUCCCUUCUCCCUUUCGUUCUGAAAACGACACCGUUUUGACAAGUCGCCGUCUUCCUCCUCCGACCUCUUGUUCUUUUCUUGCAAAACUCUGAUUUUCCACUCAACUGUAAGUCUGUAACCACAUUGUCUCCAUGAAAAUGGAUUCAAGAAAGCUUCUUGUUUUCUUGCUUUUCACGUUCUUCAAUUUCUCCGACCCACCUCUAGUGGUAUCAGCCCAGAAUGUGGAUUUUGAUUUCUCCUCGUUCACUCUCCGAAACUUCACUCUCCUCGGGGACUCCUACCUCCGAAACGGCGUAAUUGGCCUCACCCGAAACCUCGGGGUCCCCUCCUCCAGCUCCGGAACCGUUAUCUGCAACGCCCCGAUCGCAUUUUUCGAUUCUGAAUCGAAUACCACUGCCUCUUUCUCCACAAGAUUCUCCUUCUCUAUCACCAAUGUCAAUCCGAGCUCCUACGGCGACGGAUUGGCCUUUUUUCUUUCGCCUGAAAAUGAGACUCUGGGCAGCCCUGGAGGCUAUCUGGGUCUUGUGAAUUCCUCCCAAUUAACCAAGAACAGGUUUGUUGCAGUGGAAUUCGAUACCCGGCUCGAUCCGCAUUUCAAUGAUCCCAAUGACAACCAUGUGGGGUUGGAUAUUGACAGCUUGAAUUCAAUGAAGACUGCCGAUCCAGUCUUGGAUGAGAAUAUUGACCUGAAAAGUGGAAAGUCGAUCACGGCUUGGAUUGAGUACAAGAAUGAUCAGAUGAAGCUCAAGGUGUUCUUGAGUUCUUCGAGGUCUAAGCCUGAAAGGCCAGUCCUGAUUGUGGAUAUUGACCUUUCUGAGUAUCUGAAGGAGUUGAAGUAUGUGGGGUUUUCAGCCUCUACAGAGGGGAGCACCGAGCUGCAUCUGAUUGAGAAUUGGAGCUUCAAGACUUUCGGGUUGGUCCCUGCACCGCCACGGCUGCAUUUUCCGCCUCACAACGUCUCAGAUAAUACAGUGAUGAUACCCCCACCAAGUGCGGUAUCUGAUUCAGGGAAUAAAGGCCAUAAGAGGCUUGGUUUGGGGUUCGGGAUUGCUGGGCCAGUGUUCUUUUGCAUAGUUCUUUCGGUAUUUGGUUAUGUUUCCAUGAAGAAAUGGAGGGGGAUGAGAUGGGAGAAGAGCUUCAAAGCAGAUAUUCUUGCUGGGCCAAGAGAGUUUAGUUACAAAGAGCUGAAGGGGGCGACAAAAGGAUUUCAUUCUAGCAGGAUCAUUGGCAAUGGUGCAUUCGGUACUGUUUACAAGGCAUUUUUUAUCACAACAGGGACCAUUUCUGCAGUGAAAAGAUCAAAGCAUUCUCAUGAAGGUAAAAGCGAGUUCCUUGCUGAGUUAUCAAUUAUAGCUUGUUUAAGGCAUAAGAAUUUAGUUCAGCUUCAAGGUUGGUGUGUUGAGAAGGGUGAUCUAUUGCUUGUUUAUGAAUUUAUGCCUAAUGGCAGCCUUGAUAAGAUGCUGUAUCAAGAGUCCGAGGAAGGAACCUUACUGAAAUGGUCUCAUAGAUACAACAUUAUUGUUGGGAUGGCAUCUGUUCUCACAUACCUGCAUCAGGAAUGUGAGCAGCAAGUCAUCCACAGAGACAUAAAAACCAGUAACAUAAUGCUUGAUGGAAACUUCAAUGCUAGGCUUGGAGAUUUCGGGUUGGCAAGGCUCAUGGAUCAUGAUAAAAGUCCAGUUUCAACUCUGACUGCUGGAACUAUGGGAUACCUUGCCCCGGAGUAUCUGCAGUAUGGGAAAGCUACUGAGAAAACAGAUGUUUUCAGCUAUGGUGUGGUUAUACUUGAAGUGGCUUGUGGAAGGAGGCCAAUUGAGAAAGACACAGAUAGUCAGAAAAUGAUGAAUUUGGUUGAUUGGGUUUGGGGAUUGUAUUCUCAAGGCAACAUCCUUGAAGCUGCUGACAAACGGUUGAAUAGGGAGUUCAAGGAGGAAGAAAUGAGAAAGCUUUUACUUGUGGGCUUGAGCUGUGCAAACCCAGAUUGUAAUGUGAGGCCUUCUAUGAGGAGAGUCCUUCAGAUCCUUAAUGAUGAGGCAGAGCCUUUACUUGUCCCCAGGAUGAAACCAAGUCUCACUUUCUCAUUAAGCUUGCCUCUCAGUAUCGAUGACAUUGUUUCAGAUGGUGAAGAUCAUCGUAAGUCACUUGACUCCAUGUGUGAGAUCAAGAUCUAGUGAAGUCAAAUUCAACUUCUCACGUUAUCCUAGUUUGAUGCUUUAGAUUCUUUCAUUUUUUUUUAUCACACUUCUAUAUUUGUCUUGUUACUCAACCAGAUUUAACUGGGCCGAGUUCAAAGCUUCUCUAUUGAACUAUGUGAUCUUCUGCUGUACCCUAGACAUAAGAAGCUUCCUUGAACGUAUAAAAAUGUAGGUCCAUGCCAUAACUGACAUGUAUGUAAUUCUUUUCCACUAUUUUAAUGGUGUUACAUUUUUUCUUA